AUGGACAGACAGAGCCUGUGGACAGAUGAGACUCCCUGUGGGACAGAGUGGGUGGCGAUGGCCUUGUCCGCGCAGAAGGAACCUGAAGUGCAGGCUGGUGACACAGCAGCUCAGCUAACCUGCCCUAAACACUCUGCUCCUACCAGCUACAGAUCGGAAGGGAGAGCGUUUCUGGAGUGCAGGGAGCCCUUCAAACCAAACAGCCAGGUUCGGGCACGUGGAGGACAUGAACUGGAAGAUCUUGACUUAGAGCGAGUUUCGCAAGGAGCACGAGGACAGGAGAGCUGUGAAUUGUUACGGUUCCAUCCCACAGGACAAGCACGUGUUAGAUGUACUUCUAGGCUGCAGAACCAGCCUCAAAGGCACUAUGGAAUCACCUCUCCCAUUAGCUUGGCUCCUCCGAAGGAUAUAGAUUGCGUUCAGACUCAAAAGCUAGUUGAAGCAAUGAGACCAUUUGGGGUAUUUGAAGAUGAGGAAGAACAGAAUCACAGGCUGGUUGUUCUUAGUAAACUGAAUAACUUGGUCAAAGAAUGGAUUUCAGAACUUGGUGAGAGCAAGAAUCUACCCCCAUCAGCAGCAGCAAAUGUUGGUGGCAAAAUAUUUACGUUUGGUUCUUACAGGCUUGGAGUGCACACUAAAGGUGCUGACAUAGAUGCUGUUUGUGUUGCUCCUAGACAUGUGGAAAGGUCGGAUUUUUUUCAGUCAUUCUUUGAAAAACUAAAACAUCAGGAGAAAAUAAAAAAUCUAAGAGCAGUUGAAGAUGCUUAUGUGCCAGUUAUCAAGUUUGAGUUUCAUGGCAUUGAGAUUGAUCUUGUGUUUGCAAGACUGUCUAUGCAAACUGUUUCUGAUAAUCUUGAUCUUGGAGAUGACUCGCGUCUGAGAAGCCUGGAUAUAAGGUGUAUACGGAGCUUAAAUGGCUGCAGAGUUACUGAUGAAAUACUACAUCUAGUGCCAAAUAAAGAGAACUUCCAGCUCACGCUCCGUGCAAUUAAACUGUGGGCAAAACGACGUGGCAUUUACUCCAACAUGCUGGGAUUUCUUGGUGGGGUUUCCUGGGCAAUGCUUGUAGCAAAAACAUGUCAACUCUACCCAAAUGCUUUGGCUUCUACUCUUGUUAACAAGUUCUUCUUGGUUUUUUCAAAAUGGGAAUGGCCAAAUCCUGUAUUGCUGAAACAACCCGAAGAGAGCAAUCUUAAUUUACCAGUAUGGGACCCUAGGGUGAACCCAUCAGACAGAUAUCAUGUGAUGCCUAUCAUCACCCCAGCCUAUCCACAGCAAAACUCUGCAUACAAUGUAUCUACAUCAACCCGAGUGGUAAUGGUAGAGGAGUUCAAACAUGGUCUUGCAGUUACAAAUGAGAUUCUCCAAGGAAAAUCAGACUGGUCAAAGCUCUUUGAACCACUGAACUUCUUUCAGAAGUAUAAGCAUUAUAUUGUGCUGACUGCUAGUGCCUCUACUGAAGAGCACCACUUAGAGUGGGUUGGCCUUGUCGAAUCGAAAAUCCGUGUGCUGGUUGGAAACUUGGAGAGGAAUGAAUUUAUAACUAUUGCACAUGUAAAGCCACAGUCUUUUCCUGGUAACCAAGGACUCCAUAAACAGAGUGGAUAUGUGUCAAUGUGGUUUCUUGGAAUCAUAUUUAGGAAAGUGGAAAAUGCAGAAAGUGUUAACAUUGAUUUAACGUAUGUUAUACAGUCAUUCACAGAUACAGUUUACAGGCAGGCUAACAACCUCAAUGUGCUAAAGGAAGGUAUGAAGAUUGAGGCAGCUCAUGUGAAGAGAAAGCAUCUCCACUAUUUUCUACCUGCAGAAAUCUUACAGAAAAAAAAGAAGCAAAGCAUGCCAGAUAUUAGUCAAAAUGCUAGUGGGCUUCAGUGCAGAAGGACUUCAGCUGGAAGCUGUUUGGACAGUUCCAGGGACACAGACUCCAGAACACCACAUAAUUCCUCUUCAUUAAGUAAGAUACCUAAAUUGGACACCUCUACAGCAGAGAUAGAAAGAGAUGCUGUAUAUCAGAGAUCUAAUGCUGGUAACAAUAGAGAGAAGAGAUCUCAUGUAGCUGUGCCAUCAGUGUCUAAGGGACUCUCCAUUCCUGUUAUUGAUUCAAAAAUGCAGGCUACAGUUGCAAUAAGAACAUCGGGACCUCCAGUUGGUUGCACCAUUCCAGGACAUAACACAGUUUCUCAACUCAGAGCACACUUUGUCCAAGGACAGCAUGAAUUAAGUGGGACCCCAAUUACAGAUCCUAAGAAUGCUGCACCUAAACGACCUUAUUCAACAACCUCUAAAGGAUGUCAUUCACCUACAUCAGAAGGAUGCCCCAAAAAAACAAGAGAUGGAGAAAAGUUAACUGGCCAGGAUUCAGCAUUCAAAGAUGGUGGCAAUCCAGAAGAUGUCAGGAGAAGAGCUACAGAAAACGUUGUCGUUGGAGGAAAACCCAUGCUGAUUCCAAUUAUCAACACAUCAAGAUCACAGAGGCUUUCCAGUAAAGAACUACCAGAUUCUUCAUCUCCUGUUCCAACAAAUAGUAUUCGUAUUAUUAAAAGAUCCAUCAAACUUACCCUUAAUGGGUAA